GCCUCCAGGGUCCUUCCCUUUCAUCCUUCACUUCCUACCCCACCUUCCAACUGUGCUUCAAUGCCUUUUCUAUCAUGCCUCUGAUCUUGUAAGCUUCAAUCAUAGUGACUCUGAGGACUGUCAACUUCUCCUAGGGCAGAUUACCCCCCAGUGCGCCAAACGCCAUAGCUCACUCGUUUAGCUACGGAAUCGAGUGAUUCAACUUUCAGUGGAAAGCUGACACUGCCAGCUACAACAUAUCCGAUUUUCAGAUCGUUUCACCGAUUGGAGUUUUUGAUAUAGCUAUUCGAAGGUCGCGAGUUUUCUGGGCGUCAUAACGAAGUGCUGCAGAAAUUUCCAAGGAGCCAUUGAAUCAUCUGCUUAUAGCCUUCUCUAACCAACAAGUGGUAUCAGAGCCUAUUAUCACGCAUUUGGGACCUAAAAUACGAUGGGAGAUAAAGAGGACUCUGGUGGAGGUGAUACUUCAGUCCAAGGAGGCAGCUCAACCCAAGAUUCUGGCAUUGCAGCGCAAAGGGGAGCGCGUACAAGCCAGGGGUCACUGCUUAAGGAGGUGCUGAAGAACUUCACCAUUGAGAAGUUCUCUGGAGAUGGCUAUGAUGAUUGGGCAUGGAAGAUGCAGCUCUACUUUCGACAAAUUGGCCUCUUGAAGCUCAUGAUUGGAACGGAGCCAAGGCCAAAGGAAAUGGCAGAGCAAGCGGACUGGGAUGAACGUUCAUCUGCUGGGUACUAUCUACUGUCACAAAGCUUGGAGCUGAACCAGAGGCAUCACAUCAUGCAUCUGCUACCGGAAAUUGAUUGUGGGCCCAAGGCAUGGGCAGUGCUCAAGGACCUGCACGCUCCGACAUCGGUUGCCGCUUCUCUCAUGCUGGAUCGGGAGCUGUCCAUGCUGCGGUUGAGCGAGAAUGAAGCUGUGCAGCCCGUACUGGACAAGAUGAGGGAACUCUACGCGAAAUUGGCGAUUGCAGGCAUCACGUACCCAGAGCAGACAAAGUGUCUCAAGAUGCUCAGCCUGCUGCCGGAGUCUUGGCUGCAAUUUAUAAGCGGACUCAGCUUGCCACAAAACCAAAGUCAAUGGACAUUGGAGUGGAUUCGCACCAAGAUUCUGGAAGAAGAUUUUCGUCGCUAUACACUGCGCGGAGGUGAUGACAGCACCAGCGGCUAUGCCAUGCAAGGGACAUGGAGGGAUCGAGGGCGUGGCAAUCGCGGUCGCUCUUACCACAGCCAAGGUGGUCGCGGGACUUGGAACCAGCGGGGGCGUGGUGGCGCUGGUGCAAGAGGAAGAGGUGGUCACUCCAACAAUGACAACAGUGAACCACGCUUGAGGGGAGAGUGCUGGUAUUGCAAGGAAGAAGGGCAUCCAUGGUUUCGCUGCCCUACCAAGCCCGACUGGUGGACCCCUUGGAACCAAUCGGAGAAGGGGAAUGGAGGAAAACAACCACAUGGAGGUGCCAACAUGGUAGCUGAUCCUGCUGAAGAAACCUCCAAGGAUGACAGAGGAAUGCGAAAUGAGGAGAGGAAUGCUGGACAGUUCUACCAUGUGUGUGACAAAGAUGACAGUGGCACAGCUGUUGCAAGGGCUGGAGAGGAAUUGCACCCGCUUGACAUGUGGGUCAUGGACUCUGGUGCUGCAUGGACAAUGACACCACGCAAGGACUUGCUGGAUGCUGUGCGAGCGCCUCCAAUCUCUGAAGUGCGCUCAGCAUCCGGACAUGCAGUGAAGGUCGCUGGAGUUGGUCGAGCUGCAUUCAGAGCACCUGAUGGUGGACUGGUUGUGCUGAAGGAUGUGUUACUCGUACCGGGGCUGAAGGCCAACCUGAUAUCGCUGCGCAAGCUAGGCCAGGCCGGAGUCAGCACCACCACCAAUGGAUCCAAAACAUUCAAGGGGCUGCGAGGAGAUCGUGUGUUAUGGGAUUUACACGAAAGCAGAGAUGUCUUCAGAUCCAUGUGGCAGAUCCCUGCACUGAUAUGGGAAUCAACAAAGAAGGAGUUGGGAGAAGUAAAGGCGGGUUCUGGAGUCCAGGGGGAGUGUAAUGCAGUUAGUGCUGCAGGAGUGACGGUUUCUGCAAGGUCGGGGGAGACUGAUUGGGAAACCGCACACAGGCGUCUAGGGCAUGUGGCUAUGCCAUUGCUGCAGCAACUGCAUAAGGAAGAAGCAGUAAAGGGGCUCAAGCUUUCUGGGCAACCAAAUGCUACCAAGUGCGAGACGUGUCUGCUGAGCAAGUUCACACGGUUCCCCUUUCACGGCGUAGCUGGGAAAAGCAAGGCAGCACUGGAACUGGUGCACAUGGACCUCGUAGGACCUUUUCCAGUCCGAGGAAGUAAGGGGGAAAGGUACUUCCUGACAAUAGUUGAUGACUGGAGUCGGCUGAUGUGGGCAUACCCGUUGAAGCAGAAGGAUCAUGCUGCCUCAACAAUACGAGAUGAUUGGCUGCCGUUCGUCGAGCGACAAUCUGGGCACCCAUGCAAGAGCAUCAGAACCGACCGAGGUGGAGAGUUUCUAGGAGGAGAUCUGACUGCGUGGCUCAAGAAACAAGGCAUUGAGCAUCAGCUAACGACGUCCUAUACCCCUCAGUCAAAUGGCGUUGCUGAGAGGGCUAAUAGGACCAUCCUGGAAACUGCGCGAGCGCUGCUGAUCGAAUCAGGGCUGGGGAACUCCAUAUUCAUUUAUCGUUUCACCGAUUGGAGUUUUUGAUAUAGCUAUUCGAAGGUCGCGAGUUUUCUGGGCGUCAUAACGAAGUGCUGCAGAAAUUUCCAAGGAGCCAUUGAAUCAUCUGCUUAUAGCCUUCUCUAACCAACAGUGAAUGGCGCUCUGGUUGUCACACCAUAGGGUGGGCGACUGCUGGGGGUAGCCUAACUCAGCGAGGAGAAAGGAGAGCCAGCGUGCCUCUUGAGCAGCCAUUGUGCCCGCGUAGAGCUCAGCCUUGCAGGACGAUAGGGAGACUGCAGAGGACCGAGUGGAACGCCAGCUGAUGACUCCGCUACCAAGAGUGAAGCAGUACCCUUGGAAGGAGCGUCUGUCAGUCUGGUCAUCGGCCCAUGAGGAGUCUGUGUAUCCCUCGAGCUUGACUGGAGAGGUACCACCGAGAGUGAGGAUGUGAGACUUGGUGGCUUGUAGAUAGCGGAGGACCCUCUUGGCUGCAGACCAAUGCGAGGCAGUGUAGCGUCCGGGGGAGACGUACCGAGAGAGGACACUAACCGGGUAAGCCAAAUCUUGUCGAGUGCACAUCAUGGCAUACAUGAGUGAACCGACUAGCUCAGGGUACGGGUCCUUGCAGGUGUCAGGAGAAGGAACCGGAGGGGCCGUGAGCUGAUACUGUAGUAGGAGAGGAGUCGAGACAGAGUUACUGGAGUCCAUGUCGAGCCGCUUGAGAAGGUUGUCGAUGUAGGACUCCUGGGAGAGGGUGAUCGUGCAAGCCUGGCGGCCAUGAGUGAUCUCCAUCCCCAGGUAGUUCUUGAGGUCACCAAAAUCCUUCAUGAGAAGGGCGGAGCUGAGAGCAGACUGGACAGCUGCCAUGUCGGCUGGAUCUCUGGCGGCUAGAAUGAAGUCGUCGACGUAGACGAGGAUGUAGAAGGGCUCGGAGGAGUGACGAACGAAGAGACUAGAAUCUGAGGCGGAGGGAUGGAAGUCAAGUGCGA